AGCCAGGCUGUUCGAUUUCAUUUCCUCCUUUGGUAAGGAUUGGCUUUAAGUGAUAGGGGAUGUGAUUGGAAUUCGUCUUUUUUUUCUUUGUAUCAUCGAGACACCCGAAGGGCCGGCCAUAUGUACCUCGGGAGACUCGGCCCAUUCAAAUCAAAAUAGAAUGAGCACCUACGACUAAGAAGAAUAGAAUGUCGACCACAGGGUAAGAUGAUCUUACGAGGGCGAGUGACUGGUAAAGUCAUUCAAUUUUAUCAACAUGGCUGCAAGUGGACUAAGUUUAUGUGUUUAAACUGACUACGACCAAAGUCGUGGCUACUUCAAUCAAAAAAGAUCCCCUAUUCAAACCGAAAAAACGAACCUCACUUACGAAGAAGUAGUUGGAACAAUUGGAAAAGUGGAGUUUGAUUGAGGAGAAGAUCUGGCAACAGAAGUCCAGAGUUGACUGGAUUCAAUUAGGUGACUCCAACACUCAAUAUUUCCAUGCUUUCAUAAAGCAUGUAAACAACCUAAAGCUCGAAGUUGAGCUAAAGCGAAGAUUUUGGAUUUGUAAUAGCUAAAGCUAUGCUUUUGUUUACACGCUUAGUGCGAAGCAUUAAGAAGUCGCUAAAGCGAAGCUUUUGGAGAGUUUGCUUUUGUUUUCUCUUUCUAAGAGCGGUCUGAUCAAAUAAGGGAUCAGACCCCUCCUCGUGUUCAAACUAGUCAUUAAUGGUCGGCUUAAUUGGUAUCCUUUCGGUAUGCCUUGCGAACACUUUCUUUUUUAGUCUUUCAUCUUAGAGAGAAAAGCGAAACUCGAACGGAUAGAGCAGAUGGUAAAACUCCAGAACUUUUUCUUUUUCAUUACUUCCAUGGUCGUGCCUUGUGGCACGGCAGCACCCGUACUAUUGAAAUGGUUCGUCAGUAGAGAUGUUCCCACAGGUGCCCCUUUUUCCAAUGGUACUUUAAUUCCUAUUCUUAUCCCUUCAUUCCUUCUUUUGGUUUAUCUACAUUCCAGGAAAUUCAUACGCUCUAUGGACGGAGUCAAAAGUGGAGUCUUGGUCAGAGCAAGUUGCCCUAUUUUAUUACCAGACAUAAUUGGGAGAAGCUCAUCCGAAACUAGAGCUAGAAACGCCUUAUUUCGUUUCGUUCCCAUUCUUCAUUUUCUUCUUCUCGAAUUAAAGGGGGACUUACCCUAUUUAGAAUCUUUUUGCGGUGUGCUCCGUUUACUAUUCUUUCGUACUUUCUUCUCUUUACCACGCGAUAGGUCAGCGAAGCGUGAGCGGGCGCGGAGAAGAAAAGGCCAAACACUUCGGCCUAACGGGAAUGAGCAACGACGAAAUGAAAAGAGAAAGUGCCCCGGGCGCCCCCAUUUAGAAAGAAGGGUCGAAGGGUUUGGGCCUGUAGCUUUCCCCGUCCCCCCUUCGUCGGGUGGUGCUUGCAUGGGGGGUGUGCUACCUGAAAUCGGGCUUGAAGCUCCCGCCUUACCAACGAGCCGACAGCUGAUGGCUGUUGGUCGCGACUACUACCAAAAAGUGAACAUGAAGAUGAAUAUUUCACAUGGGGGAGUGUGCAUCUUUAUGUUGGGUGUUCUUCUGUCGUGCGACCCGGCGGCUUAUGUGCGACCUGUGGCCCACGCCUCCUAUUUGUUCAGGGCGGGCGGCGUGAACUCUGAUUCGAUCCGGGUAUUCAAUCCCGCCGCUGAGGUGCUCAGUUGA